AUGUUUAAGCACGUGUGGAUGCUAUUAAGUAAAGAGCACGCUGCUACUUACUACAGCACCGAGGGCGAGACCGUCUACUGCUACCUUACGGAAGAGCAAUUGAAAACCAUCUAUAAGCGUUUUGGCUACCUUUUAGCAAUAUUCGGACGUUCCUCGAAGAGGUUUAGUAUCAGACUCAAGGAUGAUACUGACUUUAAUAAUACGGUAUACGUAGACGUAAUGCACCUUAACGGCAAAAACGUAUUACACGUCGUCUGCGAUUCUACUAAUUUUCAAGCCGCCACUUUCCUUAAAAGUAUGUCCGCACAGCACUUACUUAAGAGAUUCAGUAGAUGCUGGGUCAACACUUACGUCGGACCCCUUAUAAACGUCGUGCACGAUCCCGAAAUCAACUUCAAUUCGGCAACGUUCCGAAGCUACUUUAAAGGUAUUAGCAGCACCUUAAAGCAGAUGCUUGUAGAAGCCUAUCAUAGCGUCGGGCUAGUGGAACGCUACUACGUCUUUAUGCGACGCGCCUUUAAGAUCGUCACAAAGGAGCUUCUAAAAGCCUUAAGGGAGGACCGGCUUCAAAUGGCCAUCAAAGCUAUCAACGACACGGCGGGACCUAAUGGCCUGGUCCUUACGCUUCUCGUUUUUGGCACCUUAUUAAAGCUAACGGAACAAGAUCGACCUGCCGCGUCUACCCAAGAGCGUGCUGCUGCUAUCAACAAGGCUAUAAAGGAAGUACGAAAAUGCUACGCUGCGAGGCAGGUUAAAGACGCGCUCAAGAGGAGGAAUGGCCCAAUUACGGAGCAUACCCUAGACCUCCCUAUUGGCUCACGGGUGCUCCUGCUAGAAGAGUUGCAAGUACCUGAGGUAGAGGUAGAAGAAGAUCAAAGCGAAGGCGAAAAAGAGCUGGAAAUACGAAAUUCGCUUAAACCUCAACAUUCGCCUAAUCCACCGAGGUCGCUUAAUCCAAGAAGCUCGCCUAAAUCAGCAAACAGCCCCCCCAACCCUCAACUUAUACCUUACCAGAAGUACGAUCUUAGUAUCCCGACCGUGCUCGACGAAGAAGAAGGCGAUUCCUACGUUCUAUUUACUAAGGACUCCGAGGUGUUGAUUACCGACAAAGAACGCCGGGACUAUGAGCUCUUAGCUAAGCUACGAGCCGAAGGAAUUAUCAAGAGCCUCGAGGCACUAUUUCAAGAGUCUAAAGCAAAGGAAUUGGCUAGAUUGAUAGCUUAA